CUGGUCUGCCCGGCCUCUAUGCCACAUAGUCCCCGCUGUACUUCUCAGCGCGCUCAGCUGGAGGAGUCCGGAAGGCGACGGGUCCUGGAGGCUAGCGCCAAGAUACCUGGUACCGGAAAUUCCUCUGAAUCCUGUCUACCGGAACCGGAAGUUUCUUGAGGCGUUGGGUUUCCUGGGAUCUGGAAAGCGACUUCACUGUGCCGUCGGCCACGCCGAGGUACGGUGCGGCCUCUGCGGCCCUGGCGCCCGCGGGCUUAGUCCUCAGCGGCGGGAGCGGGCGCGGGAGGCCCUUGCUCAUCCCUUGCUUGCUCGCAGCCUGAUGUAAGCCGCGCCUUCUCGCGGCGUUUCCUCUUGGGCCAGUCCUGUUUGAUAAGGUUUAUUUUAUAUGUAUUCAUGUGUGUCUGAGUGUCCGUGAACCACCUGCGUGCGGGAACCAUGGAAGCCAGGGAGGGCGUCGGAUCCCCCGACACUGUGUGUGGGUUCUGGGAGCUGAACCCCUGCUUUCCUGAAGUCCCUGCAGCAGGUUCAUUUUGGGACUUGUCCUACUACUUGUGAUAUUUUGGAGACUCAUCCAGCAUGAACAGGAUAUCAGCCAUAGAAAGAUGGGAGACUUUCUCUCAGCUCCUCUGCAGCUCGGCUAGCUGGGAACAUGGAGGGGAAGGAGGAGGAGCUUAAAAGAGGUCACUGGAAGGAGGCCACUGUGGCUGAGUGUGCUUCAUUUCAGGAGUUUGUGACCCUCAAGGAUACAGCCAUGGAUCUCACCCUGGAAGACUGGGAAGAGCUGGAGCUAGAGCUGGAUAAGAGAGACCUGUUCUGGGACUUGACACUGAGCAACUGCCAGGACUUUUUCUUGCUCAAUCCCCCAAAACCAGGCCUGAAUUCCCAACCAGAUGUCAGGGAAGAGCUGGAAGCUACAAUCAAAGGAGGCCUGGAAGCCACAGGCACUGAAGUGACUGAGACCAAGAACUCUCCUUUACAGCAGGGCUUCUUGGAAGAAGGCCUCUCCCAGAUUAUGGAGACAUUGUCUGAGGAGGAACUCAACUUUGAAGCCUAUAUAGGUGAGAGCUGGUUAGAUAGUUUGCUUGGAGACCCAGAAAGUCUUGCAAGGUCUGACAUUACCAACACGGAAAGCCCCACAGAUUGCAAGAGUCAUGAAUUUGAGAGCAGCCUCAGUCCUGGGCCUCUCUUUUCCACAGGAGAGGAUGCUGGGAUGUCUGAUAUUCUCCCAAAGAACCUCACACCAGUGAUAGUGAAGGAAUCCAGGAGUGACUUCAGCUAUUACUUAGAACAGAGCCAGAAGGACUCUAUCCAGGGAGAAGAGAAGCUAUAUAAGUGUAGUGAGUGUGGGAAAAGCUUCAAUCAGAGUUACCACCUCCUCCAGCACUGGAUUAUCCAUGUGAGGGAUAAUACCCCUUCAAGGCAAGAUAAGGAGAGAGAACUCAGCACGGGUGCUUUCCUGCUCAUGCGUCCAGUGACUCAAACAAGCUACAAACCCUGCGUGUGCCAAGAAUGUGGGAAAAGGUUUAGUCAGAAUAUGUACCUCCAGUGGCAUCAGAAAGUCCACACUGGAGAAAGCCUGUGUAAAACGCAGUGUGAUAACCUAGAAAAACCGUCCAAGAGUCAUAGUGGUGAGCCAAAAAAGCUGCUGCCGAGUAAAGGUUCUAACUCAGCAAAAUGGUGUAAAAUUCAAAGUUCGGACCAAGCAAAACCACCUGAUAGUAAUAGUAGUGACCAAAAGAAACUGCAUAAGAGUCAGUGUGAUGGCAGUCCAUCCAUUCUUCACCCACAGCCUACUGAGCACCAGAAAACUCCUGCAAACACUAAGUUCUACGUAUGUAAGAAAUGUGGGAAGACAUUCAGCCAGGCCUUUCAUCUAGCUGGACACCAGAAAGUCCAUACUGAGAAACUCUAUGAAUGUCCUACAUGCCAUCAAGUCUUCCACGUAAGGAAACAUUUUGUCCAACAUCGAAAAACUCAUUUUGUAAAAACUGUGUUUGAGUGUCAAGAAUGUAAAAAGAUCUUUAAUCAGAGGUCAUCACUCAUUGAGCACCAGGCUGUUCAUACAGGAGAGAAACCAUACAAGUGUACUGAAUGUGGUAAAGCUUUCAACCACUCCUCCACCCUGAAGAUCCACCAGAGGGCUCACAGUGGGGAGAAGCCUUACAAAUGCAGCGAGUGUGGGAGGGCUUUCUGUCGGAGCACACACCUUCAUGAACAUCAGCAAAUCCACUCGGGCCACAGACCCUACCAGUGUCCAGAGUGUGUCAGGAGUUUUAGCCGCCCCUCACAUUUGAUCCGACAUCAGCUGAGUCACACCACAGACAAGCCCUUCGGCUGUGCUAAGUGCAAGAACACCUUCAGCCAUAAAGAACAACUAGUGCAGCACCAUAAAGUUCACACCAUUGAGUCCCUGUAUGAGUGUAAGCAGUGUGGAGAGCACUUCAUUUGCAGCUCGACUCUACAUUGCCACAUGAGCGUCCACACCAGAGAAGAUAUAAGCCAGAAGGUCUCAGGUCAGAACAAGUGUGGAAAAGCCUUCAACCACAACAGAUAUGUAGGGCAGCAUGAGAAGAGUCACACCAAGGUCACAUCCUCUGAGUGUAACCCAUGUGUCGAAACCUACAACCAGAGUCUGCAGCUCCCUUGCCAUCAGAGCAUCAUCCAAGUUGGUAUAAAGCCAGAUGAAUGCACUGAGCCUGACACAUCCAAGCGUAAUAGCUCUGUCAGUAAGCAUCAGCCUUCGGGAAGUGAGCAGCCCUUUAAAUGUAACAGUUGCAACAGGACCUUUAGUCAGGAUGCCCAGCUUUUCAAACAUCAGUUAAUUCACACUGGAGAGAAACCCUUUAAGUGUAAUGAAUGUGACAGAGCCUUUAAGCAGAGUAACUACCUUAUUCAGCACCAGAGAAUUCAUACUGUGAAGCAGCACUUUGAGUGUAGUGAGUGUGGGAAAACAUUUCGUCAGAGCUCAUGCCUCUCUAAGCAUCAGAAGAUUCACACAGGGGAGAAGCCCUUUAAAUGUGGUGACUGUGGGAAAGCCUUCAUCUUGGGUGCCCAGCUCACCCGACACCAGAGAAUUCACACUGGGGAAAAGCCUUAUGUUUGUCAGGAAUGUGGCAAAGCCUUCAGCCAGAGCUCCUGCCUUACCCUUCACCGGAGAGUUCACACCGGUGAGAAGCCAUACAAAUGUAGCAGAUGUGGAAAAGCCUUUUCCCAGAGAGCAAACCAGAAGAAACACGAGAGGAUUCACAGUGGAGAGAAGCCUUAUACCUGUGACGUGUGUGGUAGAGCCUUCGGCUUAAGCGCUCACCUCAGUCAGCACCAGAGGGUUCACACGCAGGAGAAACCACAUUGUCAAGAUUGUCACAGAGCCUUUCACAGCUGCUCUGCUCUUAGCAAACAUCAGCAACUUCACUCUUGUAAAGUAACCAGUAGCACUGCCCAGAGCCACUUAGUGACAGCAGAGUCCCGUACAUGUGAAGACAUUCAUAGGAAGUCAGUCAUUGAAACCAACACUUUGCAAACCUCCCCUCUCAAUAAGUUCUAAUAAAAAUGGAUGAGACAGCA